UCCUUCGCCUUCGCCGCCGCCAAGUCAAGCCACCGUGCUCCGCCCUCCCUCCGCCCUUCACCGCCUGAAAACUCGAAGGAGACUCUCCAGAGGACAGCACCAUCAUCUUUUCGACGCUGCCAAAAAAGAGGGCAGGAGGAGAAAAAAAGGAUGUCGUUCUGCCAUGCCCGCGACUUCCUCUUCUGUGGCAUGUGCGGCACCCUCCUCAAAUUCGAGUCCCUCCACUUUGCCCAAUGCCCUCUCUGCGGAUUCAAGCGCAACGUCAGUGAGAUUGAAGGGAAAGAAACAAGAUACACUAUAACAGCUGAGGACAUGAGAAGGGAGCUGAAACUUGAGCCUUUUGUAGUCCUUGAGAAUGCACCUGCUGAUGCAGAAGCUGUCAAAAGGGCAGUUGUUAACGAAGAAUGUCCACAGUGUCAUCAUCCACAACUUGAAUACUAUACCAAACAGUUACGUUCAGCCGAUGAAGGGCAGACAGUCUUUUACGAGUGUCCGCAGUGCCAACACAAGUUCUCCAUCAACACAUAGCACACCAUCAUUGUUUCGUCUGCUCCUAACUCUAUGGCUUACUUUGAUGCCAAAGAGGAAUUUGUAUGUUUUGGAGUAACUGGCAUGCUACUUGCCAUUGCAGUAUCAUAUUUAUCCAAAAAGAACUUAAUUUGUUGAAGGCUAAUGAUGUUUCUGUCUUGUUAUCUC